AUGAAACUGCAAAGCUUCGUCCUGUCCUAUCACUCUGCCAGCCCCACUUCAUUCUGCCAUGGCCAUAGUGAAUGGGAGAGGGCUAUACGUUACCGUUCUGCAAUCGCCCUUCAAACGCGUGAGGGCUCACGAGGCUUACAUGCUUUCCGGCGCUUUGAAGGGCCAGUCCUUUGCAGAGCUGGGAGACUUCAGGCGCUUCACCGGGUUGGUCUGGCCACGGCCACAGUUGCUUUCAGCUUGGCCUCUGUGUGGCGCCACCGAGUAAGCUCCCGAAGGCUGUGUCAACUUCGCAGCGCCGCAGAAGAUGCCGAGACUCUUGUAGCUUUUCGAGGAGUUUUGAAGCAGCAUAGCUUGCAAGCCUACAUUGUUCCAACUGAUGAUCCUCACAUGUCCGAGGUUCCGCCAGAUUGCUUUGCCAGAAGGAAGUUCCUCACAGGCUUCACCGGCUCAGCCGGCAGUGCAGUAGUCACUGGCUCUGAAGCCCUGCUUUGGACAGAUGGCCGGUAUUUUCAGCAGGCCAGUCUCGAACUGAGUAGCAGCUGGAAACUGAUGAAGAGCGGAUUGCCUUCGACUCCUUCGCUCGGCGACUGGCUUGCAAAUAACUUGCAGAAAGGCGAUGUGGUUGGCAUCGAUCCCAAUGUGCAUCCGGCAACAUGGGCGAGAGAACUGCAGACGAAGCUUGAAAAGGUGGGAGUGGAGCUUCGUGCUUUGACCCCAAAUUUGGUGGACGAGAUUUGGGUGCAAAGACCAGCAUGGCCUUCAGCAGCAGUUCGGGUUCAUCCAUUCGAGUUCGCUGGAGCAACCGUUGCAGACAAACUCACCAAAGUCAGAGAUGAACUUUCCAAGAAACAAGUUGACCUACUGGCAGUGACCUCACUGGAUGAAGUGGCGUAUUUGUUCAACAUCCGUGGGGGCGAUGUUCAUCGCACACCAGUUGUUUUGGCCUAUGGGAUGGUUGAGCUAAAUAGAGCUACUGUAUUUCUGGACCACGGAAAGUUGGCGCCAGAGGUGUUGUCUCAUUUGAAAGAUGCGGAAGUGGAGGUCCGUGCGUACGAGGAUUUUGCCUCCACGCUUCAGACGAAAGCCCGCGACGGAUGCAAAGUUUGGAUGGAUAUUCAAAGAUCAAACUACGGCCUUUUCCUGGCAAUGGGUGCUUCUGGGCCCAAAGAAACGCAAGCUUCACCAGUAGCUUCGAUGAAGGUUCGCAAGAAUGAGAGUGAGUUGGCUGGCAUGGUUGCAGCACAUCGCCGAGAUGGUGCUGCAAUGUGCGUUGCCUUAUCAGAGUUGGAAUUCUUGAUGCAGAGCCACCAGCCAGUGACCGAGAUGGAUGUAGAUCACAUUGUGACAGCUGCGCGAGCCAAGCAACAUGGCUACUUGGACAACUCCUUUGACACCAUUGCAGGGUUUGGUGCGAAUGGCGCCAUUGUACAUUAUGUUGCGCAAGCUUCAAACGCGGCGACUCUUAGCACAGAUUCAUUUCUAUUGCUGGAUUCCGGUGCCCAGUACGUUGAUGGCACCACAGAUGUCACUCGAACAGUCCACUUUGGCGCCCCCACGGCUGAAGAACGCGAGCUCUUUACCCGUGUUCUAAAAGCACACAUUGGCUUGGCAACUGCGGUUUUCCCCGGCGAUGUUCCAUGUUUCGUCCUGGAUGCUUUUGCAAGGCAGCCUUUGUGGGCUGUUGGACACGACUAUCGGCAUGGUACUGGUCAUGGUGUGGGCGCUGCGUUGGCAGUACAUGAAAUGCCUCCAUACGUUGGACAGAAAUGGGAGAAGCAAGAUGCAUUGCAGGCCGGAAUGAUAGUGAGCAACGAACCGGGUUUGUAUUUAGAAGGGCGCUUCGGCAUCCGUAUUGAAAAUCUCAUGCUGGUGGUCGAGAAGGCAUCGCUGGGGAAAAGCAAAAGUUUCCUUGGGUUAAUCCCGAUCACGCUUAUACCGAUUCAGAGAUCCUUGAUUGACAUAUCUUUGCUCAGUGACUUUGAGUUGGAGUAUUUGAACGCAUACCAUGAGCGUGUGAGACAUGAAAUCGGCCCAAUGCUGGCCGGUGGUGAACAUGAGAAGGCUUUGACUUGGCUUCACCGACAAACGGAUCCAUUUGUCCGAGAGACGGAAGAAUUUCGCUGCCUUGAGCAAGCAAGGCAGGCAGCUGGCUUAGAUGGCGUCGAUGUGGCAGGCAGUGCUGAUGCAAUGCAAAAAAAACAUUGCGGCGCGGCGCGGUGA